AUGAUUCCGAAUGAUUCCGAACCACUCGCAAAACUCGUAACCUGAAAUAUUGAAAUAAGUUGAAAUUCAAGUCUUAAAUGAAUUGUUUAGAUGUUUAAAAAAAUGGUGCUGUUAGUUGACAAAAUAAAAUUAAGACAAUUGUUAAAAAUUCCCGUUCGAUAUAAAAAUCCAGACCACCACUGGUCUGUACUUAAAAAGAAGAAAUCACAGACCGAUAAAGCGUUAAAACAUUUCGAUGAAUUCUAUAGUACUGUUUACGGAAAUAAUUGGGAACACAUACGUGCUGCAUUGUUGAAUGAAAGGCAUAAAUACGUAGCUGUUGUAAAUAAUUUCAGUGAUACGGAUAUAAUACGAUCUGAAUUAGAGUUACUUGGUGCAGUACACUUAAAAUCUCUAUAUGAAGUUCAUAAAGAAAAUGCUGAGCGCUAUAAAAUUAUAAAAGAAUCGCAAAACUUGAAUGAAUCUGACAAUUUUAAUGAAUCAGUGAGCGAUUUGGUAACUAAAGCUCAUUUAGCAAAACUUGAAUCAAUUUAUCCUGAGGAUCAUCCGCAUUUACAUGAACUGUUAAAAUCAGAAGAUACAAAAUCUCAUACAAAAGACAGUGGACCACAGGAAAUAAAAUUGCAUUCUAUAGAGCAAGAAUUAAAUGAUGUUCAGAUUGAUCACAGUCGUGUUGUUGAUUCAAAUGUAAAUUUGUCUCUACUCCAAGAAUAUAUUCCUGCAACAAAAAUAAAGGGUUUGGAUGACUGGGUUCUGGAAUCAGAUCAGUUCAAAUUUUACACCCAAGCUCAGGAUUUCAAAAUAGAAGUGGUCAAAGAAUCUACCCUAUCAUUUCCAGAACAUUUACAUGUAUAUACUUUUGAAGGAGGAAACUUCACCAAAUUUCCGCAUCCUCCCUUAGGACCUACUGGUGUGCGAGAUUACUACUUAUUCGAUGGUGCAUCUAUACUUCCCGUACUAGCUCUAGAUAUACAGCCAGGCGAUGUUGUACUCGAUAUGUGCGCUGCACCUGGUGGAAAAGCCUUAGCUAUUAUCCAGACACUCUACCCUCGUCUAAUAGUCGCUAAUGACAAUAAGCGCGCUAGGGUAAAAAGGAUAGAAGAAGCUAUAGCGCAAUUUCUUUCAGAUAUGGCGGAAUCUCAAAAAAUGGUAGUUGUAACGGAAAAGGAUGGUAGAAUUAUCGAUGAAAAGAAUGUGUAUAAUAAGAUUUUAGUUGAUGUGCCGUGCACAACGGACAGACAUUCUUUGCAUUCUAAUGACAACAAUAUUUUUAAACCAUCAAGAAUAAAAGAGAGAUUACAGCUACCGCAGAUUCAGACUGAGAUAUUAACAAAUGCAUUGAAAUUGGUGACAGUAGGAGGUACAGUUGUGUACUCAACGUGUACUCUUAGCCCUAUACAAAAUGAUGGCGUCGUACAAGUUGCACUGAAAAAAGCGUGGGAAGAGGCUGGGUGUGUUAUGGUCGUAAAGGAUAUGUCCGAGCCGUUGUUACCAUUUCAGUGUGUAUAUAAUUUCGGUAAAAUCGAUUUAAAAUAUGGCCAUAUCGUUGUUCCCAGUUUAAACAAUAAUUGGGGUCCGAUGUAUUUUUGUAAAAUGGUAAAAGUACGGUAAAGCACACGCAGGGGUGAUAGAUAAGCUUACAGAGUAGCGUUGCAAUUUUUCGAGAACCUGUUACCGUGAUCAACCCUUUAUCCUGCA